AUGGCAACGGAUAUCAUGUCGGUAGCUCGCAAUACAAUUCCCAAUGCUUCAGGUAAUGGUGCACUGGUUUUCAAAAUUCUUAACGGCACGAAUCGAGCGUAUGAUGAUACUCAAAUUUAUUGGGCUGUUCUGGGUAUGUCAAACAACCGAUGGAACUAUCUUGAUCGAUCUGGACAGCUUCAUCCGAUCUCAAUGGCACUAAACGAUGCUCCAGGACAUUUGUCUAAAAAUGGAGCUAAUUAUGCGAAUAUUUACACACGAGUGAGUGAAGUGGAUUGGGUGAAUUUACCGAAAAUUGUAUCGGGACGAAUGUUUCUUAGUGUUGGCUCUCCCUGUUUUAUUAAAACACAUGAUAAUGGAUUUGCCGGUCCAGAUCUAAACAAUCCAUCCGACCCAAAUCGUGACGUUUACCAUGAUUUUAUUGAAUUUACAAUCGACAAUUCUGGCUACCAUGGAAAUACGACACGCGUAGAUGCCUUCGGGUUUCCCAUUCAGCAUCGUCUAGUGAACCGAUCAGGAAAUUUUGAUCUGACUUUCGGUGAACUGGAGAAUGAAACAAGAGAUGGCCUUUUUGCGAAAUUUAGACACGAAGUGCCCGAGGAAUUCAAGACACUAGCUGAAAUUCAAGCACCAUACCGCAUUGUCGCCCCGAUCCAUGGCUCCUUUGCUCCUGGCAAAAAGAAUGAUAAGUAUUUUGACGCCUAUUCUAACAACAAGUAUACCACACAGCAAAUUUUACUUUGCAAUGGUCCACUUGCUCAAGAACCGGAAAUUGGAUCCGCACUCAACCGUCAUGUAUUUCGAGGAAACACGAAGGACGUCACCCAAUACUACAAAUCAUCACCUGCAAACUAUUACGCAAAAUUUUGGCACGAUCAUAGUAUUGGCCAGCUUGCUUAUGGUUUCGCUUACGAUGAUUAUAACGGGCAAGCAUCGUACUUAGAGAUAGGCGAUCCGAAAGCACUCAUAAUUCGCAUAGGAUGGAACGAAAGUGUCGGUGCCAGUGGUUCAAGGAUCCCCACCGGAGUUAUCGCCCUUCGCUCGAAUGCAAAUGGCAAAUUUGUUUGUGCUGAGAAUGCAGGAAAUAGUUCUUUAAUUGCGAAUCGUGAUGCUGCCUCUAGUUGGGAAACAUUUGAACUUAUCUCUCUCGAUGGAAACAAUGUUGCUCUAAAAUCACGUGCCAAUGGAAAGUAUGUUUGUGCCGAGAAUGCAGGUGAUGGUCCUUUGAUCGCCAAUCGUUCUCAAGUCAGUUCAUGGGAAACUUUUCGACUCAUAGAUCGUGGAAAUGGAAAAGUAGCUUUAAUUGCAGUCAAUGGGAAAUAUGUCUGUGCUGAUGAUUUCGGCAAUAGUGAACUAAUUGCUAAUCGAACCAGUGUGGAUAGCUGGGAGACUUUCGAUCUAACUCAGCAAUAA